AUGACUUCAGGGCGGACAGCAGAGCUACGCAUUAUUGCCAUUGGAUGCGGAGUUGCUGGCAUCGCACUCUCUGCACAGCUCAGAUCACAGCUAGGUUAUGAGAACUUUGUUGUUUACGAAAGGGAGAAAUCCAUUAGUGCGACUUGGUACCUCAAAACAUAUCCCGUUGUUGGCUGUGAUUCCAAACGGUUGGCCGAGCAAGCGGAAGUCCUUCACUAUCUGCAAGACGCGGUUGACAAGUUUGGUGUCGCCCCAUGUGCGUCUGGGCGUGGAGGUGAUCGAGGCUGCUUGGAUCCAAGAGAAGUCUUUCACAAAGAAGCUGAAAUGCUGGUAUCGUGGGUGGGCACAAUAUCGCUACCCAAAGAAUGCAACGUCUCUGGCAAUGAGACGUUCAAAGGCGACAAGUGGCACUCUGCGCGCUGGAAUCUCGAUGUCUCUCUCAGGGGGAAGCGUGUUGCUGUCGUCGGCAAUGGCUGCUUGGCCGCUCAAUUAGUCCCGUACGUGACCAAAGAGACCGCGCAGGUACACCAGUCCCAACGAUCGCCCCAAUGGAUCAAUGAAAGCCCCAAUCGCACCUUCACCGAAUUUCGAAAAUGGUGCUUCCGAUACGAACCUCCCUGGGAGCGCAUUUACCGCUUCUACCUGUGGAAGAAGACUGACGCCCUUCAUGAUCUAUACCAGUCCGAAACAGCCCGAUCGCUGCGUGACUGCGCCGCGGCCACCGAACAAGCCAAGGCCUACUGA